CCCUGUACUCUAAAAAAAAUCUAAUAAAAACCAAAUCACUAAGCUGACUGAUCAAAUAAGUCAAUUAAACCAAAAAACCUCUAUUUUUCCGUUCAAAGAUUAAAAACGAAAUUUCAACUUUAGUCUCAUACUCUCAUGCCAUGGUUGACAUAAAUACGCCAAACCCAAACUCUACCCAAAAGAACCAACCAUCUCAUAUUCUCUCCAAGUGGCCGGCAUAUUAGACCAAACUUCCUUUUCUUUUUAAAUCUCCCCUUAAAAUUCAAAUUCUUGUUUAAUUUACUACUCUUUUAGCAUGAAAUCUUUGAUUUCAUCUUCUUAUUUUUCUCAAAAAAGUUUUAAUGGGACAACAGAACAGCACCAAUGAAGCCGCCGGAAGAAAGAUGACGAAAAUUUGUCGCAAAAUAGUUCGAUUCGACAUUAAAAUAGUAUUUCGCCGUUUAUUCCGGUUUAUCUGGAAUCGUAUUUUUGUUUGUUCUCAUUGUCAUACUAUCUUUAAAAAACCCGUUUGGGCUCAUUACCGCCGUAUUGACCCGCCCACUUUACCUGAAAUUGUUGAUGAAGUUGAGGUGGUUGAUUUUCUAAGUGGGUAUGAAAGUGAUUCCAAUUUGGUUAAUCUUAAGAUUAGUUUGUUGGGUGAUUGUCAAAUUGGCAAAACUACCUUUGUUAUUAAAUAUGUAGGAGAUGAACAAGAGAGGAGAUGUUUACAAAUGAAGGGUUUGAAUUUAAUGGAUAAAACAAUGAGGGUUAAAGGAGCUCGUAUAGCUUUUAGCAUAUGGGAUGUUGCAGGUGAUCAAGAUUCUUUGGAUCAUGUACCAAUAGCUUGUAAAGAUGCAGUUGCAAUCUUGUUCAUGUUUGAUCUUACUAGCAGAUGUACUCUUAAUAGUGUAAUUGGGUGGUACAAUCAAGCCAGGAAAUGGAAUCAGACAGCAAUUCCAAUAUUGAUAGGCAGCAAGUUUGAUGAUUUUGUUAGGCUUCCUCUAGACUUACAGUGGACGAUUGCCACUCAGGCGAGAGCAUAUGCAAAGGCAAUGGAAGCAACACUAUUCUUCUCAAGUGCUACACAUAACAUAAAUGUUAACAAGAUAUUCAAGUUCAUCAUGGCCAAACUCUUUAACUUACCAUGGAAUGUACAGAGAAACCUCACCAUUGGAGAACCCAUUAUUGACUUCUAGUCUAAUUUCAAUUGAAUCAUUUGCAAACUACAGCCUUCAAAGAUAAGGAGACUACGAAGCCAGUCAAGGGUAUCUUAGGAAAAUCCACACUUUGCUGCAAUGGUGCUCACUUUAGUAAGUUGAAGAUAGUAAUUACUAAUUCUCAAAGAUAAAACUUUGAUGUUGUAAUUCAUAAAGCCCUAAAUUUGAAGGCUGUAGUUUGUAAAUGAUUUAAUUUUAAUUUCUUAUGCUAUGCCUUCUUCCACGA